AAGUCUAAUGUUACCUACUAUAACUACGGAAAGAAAGGACACUAUAAGCAAGAAUGCCAGAGCCCGAAGAAAGAAUGGAAACUAGCCCCUAGAAAGGAAAUUAUGGCUAUCGACGAAACUACUAAGGACGUUAUCGAAGUAGCGGCCACAAGCUACGAAGAUAGGGAUAGUAAUACGGACAGUUUCGGAUAUAAUGGCAAUAGUAAAGACGAACAAGCACCGUACUCCGAACUAGUCACUACAGACCCAGAGACAGGUCUUGCCAAAUAG